UGGAUGAUCACAUGCAUUAAAUAAUGAAUACUUAUUUAUGAAAAGAAAGGAAAACGGUUUCUUGAUAAUUUUGGUUCAGCCUGUGUUUAAUCUAUUCCUGCGUCUUUGCACGUGGGAAAUUUGUCCGCGCGGAAUAUGUCGAAUAAUCCACAAAACAUUUAUGGUAUAAGUAAUUCAGCGGAUACUUACUAUGGGACGCUUUUCUCACAUUUAUCUUAUGGCAUGGGUGAAGGCAGUGGUUCCACUUCUACCACGAGCCCGGGUGCAGAAAACGCGGCCGCUGCAGCAGCCGCAGCCCUAGCGGCAGUGGCUUCUGGAAGGAACGAUUGGUCGAAUACUGAUGGUUAUACCGCUGUUUCGAAUAUGAUGACUGGCAUGCGUACACAUCCUCAAUCACUGACAAAUUGUUCAAAUUCUGGAGAGUUGACAGAUUCAUCCUGCGGUAUUCCAUCAAAUUCUUUAACAUCUCCUUAUGCUGCAACUUUACUGGCUGCAGUAGCUGCCGCAGCAGCAGCGGCGUAUCCACUUCCUCAGGGUCCUGCAAAUACAGUUCCUACUCAAACGGGUCGAGCCUUUUUGCCCAAUGCAUCUAUGAAUAACAGAGCGCCUGAUUUCACAACAAUGUACUAUGGUUCCACUCCAAGACCAUCCUCUGUCCCUACAACAAACCAGCUUGGAGGACUCUUAGGUAGCCUGCCUAAUUGGCCGUUCACAGUCCCUCCAAGUCACUAUCCGAACGCUUCGUUUUUAGAUAGGUCUGCGGGUGUGGUUCCUUUUGAUGGUUGGACUUCAAAUGGGCAACAGUUAACUUUAUCAUCAGCAUGUGGUGAAGCUGAUUCAAUCAACCACUUUAGCCAAGGUCCUUCUGAAGCGAAUGUAUUAUCAAAAGAUGCACAUGCUUAUUACACAUCAGCAAACAUACGGGAUGUUUAUGCUGCACCAGUGACUUACUCCCAACAACAACAACAACAACAGGGAAAUACAGAAGACCCUGGUGUUUCUUUUGUGUAUCCUCAUCCAAAUACGAAGCCUACUUACCCAUAUCCAUCCCAUGUAAGUCAGUCACAUCUAGUAAAUGGAUUACCAGGAAGCAUGUCAAAUGCGUUAGAUCCAUAUGCAUCUAUUAAUCAACGUCAAAAAAUCCCACAGAAUUUGGUUAGUGAGUUUGGUCGGCUUAGUGUUGGACAUAAUGUUGAUGCAAACAACUGUAGUGAUAAUGGAGUAAAUCAUUUGCAUACCUCUUUCUAUGAAAAUUCAAUUGUCGGCAAUGGAGGUAAUACACAAGCUCAAAAUGCUGCAUCAACGCAGUGGUCUCACAAGAAGGAAAGCAAUGGGAUUACUAAUAGCGUGCCUUCAGUCGACAAGUUGGAGAACAUAUCAAGAUCUCAGGCAAAUGCAAAUAGCUAUACAACAAACAAACAGUCAACUUCAGCUAACAAUAGACCUACACAAUCGUCUACUUCUACAUCUGUCAAUAAUUCACCACGCACAAAAACUUGGGCCAAUAUAGCAGGACAGCCACCAAAAGGGUCGGCUGCAGUACUUCAGAAUUCUGUUGGUGGAUGGUCUACAAAAAGAUCUCAUGCUCACAACUUAUCAAAUUCAAACAGAUCUUUCCAAACUGCCAGUGCUAAUUAUUCAGGUAACAGAAGUCAUCCUUUAGCACCAAUCUCCUCGUGUAGUAAUGGACAUUUAACACAGGAAAAAUCAAAUGCCAGUGAACAAGGAAAUUCACUUUCUUUGACAGAAUCUGGUUCAGAAAUGAAAGGUACAUCAGCAAACAAUGAUGAUUUUUCUGCAAAUACAUCGACAUCUGCUUUGUUACCUUCAGAGGAGUCAUCGAAAGCUUUGCAACGCGAAUCAGAGGCAUUGUAUCAACGCUUGGCAAAAGUAAUCAAUCCCACCAAUUUCGAUACACAUGUUGAAAAAGCUCGAUUUUUUGUGAUCAAAUCUUUUUCUGAAGACGAUAUACAUCGGUCUAUUAAAUACUCUAUCUGGUGUUCAACAGAAUUGGGCAAUAAAAAGCUUGAUACAGCAUUUGCAGAGGCUAAUCAUGCUUAUCCAAUAUAUUUAUUCUUUUCAGUUAACGGAUCUGGUCAUUUUUGUGGAAUGGCAGAAAUGGUUUCUCGAGUUGACUAUAAUGCUAGAGCUAAUGUUUGGGCUCAAGAUAAGUGGCAAGGUAAAUUUUCCGUUCGGUGGAUAUUUGUAAAAGACGUUCCUAACACAGCAUUAAGACAUAUUCGUAUUGAGACAAAUGAUAACAAACCAGUCACCCACUCACGUGAUACUACAGAGCUUCCCCUAGAAAGAGGUCGACAGGUUAUGGAGGUAUUCGCUACAUAUUCACAUACAUUGUCUAUUUUCGACGAUUUCAUGUAUUACGAUCAACGUGAAAGACAAGAGGGAUUUCGUCGUAAGGAACUUAGUUCACGGAGAGGUUAAUUUCGGGAGGAAACAAAUUAUUUCUGAUCAAAUCCCGUAAAAUUCAUUGAAUGCCAUCAUAUUACAGAGCAUUGCUCUUCACAACUUCAUUAAUAUAAAAGUGGAUGAUUCGAACAUUAUACACCCUUCAUCUGUGUUGUUUAUCCUUUCAAAGUUCCUUUUAUUUUCUCACUGGAGGCUGUCGCCAAAUGAUUUACAGUUUGUGUGUGAAUGAAUUAGGCUUCCUCUUCUUCUCCUCCUCUUCCCCCUUUUUUCUAGAUAAAUAUGGCAAAUUUGUGAAUUUUACUCUUAGUGAUAUUCACCUAUCUAAUCAUGCAACACACACAGCCUCAGGAUACAUUUAGCUUAUACAAUUUAUCUGUUCGACCAAACUUCAAUCUAUAUAUAUACAGUCAUCAAAUGUGUACACAUAUACACACACAUACAGAGAGAGACGUGUUUAAACAAAAGUACAUUGAUGAUUAGAGACAGGUAAGCGUGGUUUAGCGUAAUGAUGUCAGUGAUAUAUAUAUAUAUAUAUAUAUAUAUAUAUAUAUAUAU